AUGGAACCCAACAAUUCAAUCAAUCAAAUCGACAAUCACAUCGACGAUGAUGGUGAUCAGAACUCAUUUCCAAUCGAUCCAACACAAGUAAUCACACCAAUCGAUUCAACACAACUAAACCCUCUUUCCGAAUCAUCAGUUCUAGGGCUUGUUCUCCUUGCUCAUACAUUCUCAUACGAUAUUCAAAACCUCACUGAGUCUCUCCUUCUCGAAAUCCUCGCAAGAUUGCCCCUGAAAUCAAUUUUUAUGUUCAAAUUUGUUUGCAAACACUGGCUAGACCUAAUUUCUCAGCCUUCGUUUGCCCGUUUCUAUUGCUCGCGUAUGCUCACAGCCAGCGCAUCGUCAUCAUCCUUACCUUUCAGAAUUUUCUAUAGGUAUAUUUAUGUGUCGAAAUUCACAAACGUUCUUGAUCGAUUCCGUCCCGAGACUUACCAUUCCUCAAAAUUCUCGGUCCUUUGCUCUUUCAAAAAAAGCAGAAUAUUAAACCCUAGAUUCUGGGAAGUCGCAGAUGCGAUUGAGUGGAAUGUGAGAUCAGGCUCUUUAAGAAACAUCGAUUCUGCUCGAAUAUCGAUUCCCGGCACUAUAAAGUAUGAUGACCCACAGCAGUGGGCUCUCACGAUAGGACAAAUGCAGGGAAAGUUUCAAAUGGUGGUUGUCCGACAUACUGGCCAUGCAAUACAGGACAAGGAGGAAUCUUCAAGGUCUCUUUCUAUAAAUGAGUAA